GCCGCGGGGCCCGUGAGGAGGAGCCGCCGCCGGGAGCGCGGUCCCGGCACCGCCGCGCCGCCAUGGGCAACCGGGGCAUGGAGGAGCUCAUCCCGCUGGUCAACAAGCUGCAAGACGCCUUCAGCUCCAUCGGGCAGAGCUGCCACCUCGACCUGCCGCAGAUCGCCGUGGUGGGCGGGCAGAGCGCCGGCAAGAGCUCGGUGCUCGAGAACUUCGUGGGCCGGGAUUUCCUCCCCCGUGGCUCCGGGAUCGUCACUCGCCGGCCUCUCAUCCUGCAGCUCAUCUUCUCCAAGACGGAAUAUGCCGAGUUCCUGCACUGCAAAUCCAAGAAGUUCACGGAUUUCGACGAGGUGCGGCAGGAGAUCGAGGCGGAGACCGACCGCGUGACGGGCACCAACAAGGGCAUCUCCCCCGUGCCCAUCAACCUGCGCGUGUACUCCCCUCACGUGCUGAACCUGACCCUGAUCGACCUCCCGGGGAUCACCAAGGUGCCGGUGGGGGAUCAGCCGCAGGACAUCGAGUUCCAGAUCCGGGACAUGAUCCUGCAGUUCAUCAGCCGCGAGAGCAGCCUCAUCCUGGCCGUCACGCCCGCCAACAUGGACCUGGCCAACUCGGACGCGCUCAAGAUGGCCAAGGAAGUGGAUCCGCAGGGCCUGCGCACCAUCGGGGUCAUCACCAAGCUGGACCUGAUGGACGAAGGCACCGAUGCCCGGGACGUGCUGGAGAACAAACUGCUGCCGCUGCGGAGAGGGUACAUCGGCGUGGUGAACCGCAGCCAGAAGGACAUCGAUGGCAAGAAGGACAUCCGCGCCGCGCUGGCGGCCGAGCGCAAGUUCUUCCUGUCGCACCCGGCCUACCGGCACAUGGCCGAGCGCAUGGGCACCCCGCACCUGCAGAGAGUGCUCAACCAGCAACUCACCAACCACAUCCGGGAGACGCUGCCCUCGCUGCGGAGCAAGCUGCAGAGCCAGCUGCUGUCCCUGGAGAAGGAGGUGGAGGAGUACAAGAACUUCCGUCCCGACGAUCCCGCCAGGAAAACCAAAGCCUUGCUGCAGAUGGUGCAGCAGUUCGGGGUGGACUUCGAGAAGCGGAUUGAGGGUUCAGGGGAUCAGGUGGACACCCUGGAGCUCUCCGGGGGCGCCAGGAUCAACCGGAUCUUCCACGAGAGAUUCCCUUUUGAGCUGGUGAAGAUGGAAUUCGACGAGAAGGAUCUGAGGCGGGAGAUCAGCUACGCCAUCAAGAACAUCCACGGGGUGAGGACGGGGCUGUUCACGCCUGACCUGGCCUUCGAGGCCAUCGUCAAGAAGCAGGUGGUGAAGCUGAAGGAGCCGUGCCUGAAAUGCGUGGAUUUGGUGAUCCAGGAGCUGAUCAACACCGUGCGCCAGUGCACCAGUAAGCUCGGUUCCUACCCCAGGUUGCGGGAGGAGACGGAGCGCAUCGUCACCACCCACAUCCGGGAGCGCGAGGGCAAAACCAAGGACCAGAUCCUGCUGCUCAUCGACAUCGAGCUCUCCUACAUCAACACCAACCACGAGGACUUCAUCGGCUUCGCCAACGCGCAGCAGCGGAACACGCAGACCAACAAGAAGAGAGCGAUCCCGAACCAGGGGGAGAUCCUGGUGAUCCGCAGGGGCUGGCUCACCAUCAACAACAUCAGCAUCAUGAAGGGCGGCUCCAAGGAGUACUGGUUCGUGCUCACGGCUGAGUCGCUCUCCUGGUACAAGGACGAGGAGGAAAAGGAGAAGAAGUACAUGCUGCCUUUGGAUAACCUGAAAAUCCGGGAUGUGGAGAAGGGAUUCAUGUCCAACAAACACGUCUUCGCCAUCUUCAACACGGAGCAGAGGAACGUGUACAAGGAUCUCCGUCAGAUCGAGCUGGCCUGCGACUCCCAGGAGGACGUGGACAGCUGGAAAGCCUCCUUCCUCCGGGCCGGGGUUUAUCCCGAGAAGGAUCAGACGGAGAGCGAGGACGGGGCUCAGGAGAACACCUUCUCCAUGGAUCCCCAGCUGGAGAGGCAGGUGGAGACCAUCCGGAACCUCGUGGAUUCCUACGUGGGGAUCAUCAACAAAUCCAUCCGGGACCUGAUGCCAAAGACCAUCAUGCACCUCAUGAUCAACAAUACCAAGGAUUUCAUCCACUCGGAGCUGCUGGCCUUCCUGUACUCGUCGUCGGACCAGAGCAGCCUGAUGGAGGAGUCGGCGGAGCAGGCGCAGCGCCGCGACGAGAUGCUGCGCAUGUACCACGCGCUCAAGGAGGCGCUGGGCAUCAUCGGCGACAUCAGCACCAGCACCGUGUCCACGCCCGUGCCCCCGCCCGUGGACGACACCUGGCUGCAGCCCGGGGCCGGCCACAGCCCCCCUCCGCAGCGCCGGCCGCCCUCGGCCCUGCUCCCCCCGGGCCGCCCCCCGUCGCUGCGGACCCAGGCCCCGGGGCCGCCGCCGCUGCUGCCGCUGCCCGGGGGGGCCCCGGCGCCGCCCGCCUUCGCCGCGCCCCCGAUCCCGUCCCGCCUGGGCCCCUUCGCCGCCGCCAGCGACCCCUUCGCGGCCCCGCCGCAGAUCCCCGCACGGCCCGCGCGCGUCCCGCCGGGAAUCCCGCCCGGAGUGCCCAGGAGACCCCCGGCGGCCCCGAGCCGCCCGACCAUCAUCCGCCCGGCCGAGCCCUCCCUGCUGGAUUAACCCCGGAGCCGCCGCCUCGGGAACGGGGAAAAACGGGGGGAAAAACGGAAAAAAACCGACCCCGAGCCCGCCCGGACCUCUCCCGGAGCCCAUCCCGGGGCCGAUCCCGGGGCUGAUCCCGGCUCCCGGGGCCGAUCCCGGGGCUGAUCCCGGCUCCCGGGGCCGAUCCCGGGGCUGAUCCCGGCUCCCGGGGCCGGUCCCGGCCGGCGGCAGCUCCAGGGCUGGUCCCAGCAGCUGAUCCUGGCAGCUCCGGGGCCGGGACAGUGACGGAUUGGUGCGGGGCGGGCGGUGGGCUGUGGGGGGAACAUUGCACUUUGUCACAAUUCCCGAGGGGGGGACGCUGCCAUCCCGGCCUCUCUGCCUUCCUCCUCCUCCUCCUCCUCCGGCCCUUCCCAGUUCUGUGUUAAUAUAUUCCCUGGAAAGCCGCGGGAUUCGGGGAUUCUGCCCCAAAACCCGCCCGCGGCUCCUCCUCUCCCGCCGCAUCCCCAGGGGUGGUUGCUUUUUUUUUGUUUGUUUGUUAUUUUGGUUUUUUUUCUUGAGAAUUUCGGGGUUUUUUAGAGCUGGGGAAAAAUAUUGGAAUUCCCAGAGGGAUUCGCUAAUGAACCCAAUUCCCUGAGAACCUCAGGAAUUUCCCCUCGGGAACAGCCCCGAGGAGGAGGAGGAGGAAGCUGCUCCCCCCGGCUCCGGUAUCCCGGGAAUCCUCCGGUAUCCCGGGAAUCCUCCGGGGCAGGGGAGGGGGAGCGGCGUCCCCGGGAAUUCCCGGAGCCAGGAGGGGGAAGUUUUGCUCUGGAAGCGUCUCCCCCUUUCCUCACCCCCGUUUUUUUCCCAAUCCCGCUCCGCCGGCUCCGGCCGGGAGCCCAGGUUGUAAAUAUUUUUACAGACUUGUAUUAAUUGUAUAAA